AAUACAUUUUUACAAAAGAAAAGUAGCAGCCAUGUCUUAACAGCGGGCUGCAUUCCUGACUCUCGAUUUUACACUAUUCUGAUUUCGCGUUAUACAUGAAAACCUGUCGAUUGAAGUUAAAACUGGAUCAAAUGGGCUUUCCGCCCGACAUCCGCUGGUCAGUGUGAGGUGAUUUAGCGAGCUGGCCAGCUGCUUGAGGCGCUCAGAGAGGGAGAGGCCGGCCGGUCGGGCGGGCAACAGCAGAAGAAGAGGAGAAGAAGAAGGGAGUGUGCAGGUUUUGUGUCCGUUACUAACAGCAGAGGCUCGCUUAAAACCCAAACCUGUUGAUUAAAACGAGAACCACUGUGAAGAAAGGCCACAGUCGUCCGCCAGAUGAGUGCAAACGGAGGUUUUUGUUCUUAACCGUUUUCCUUGACGCGCCGGAACUAGCGAGUCAGUCGGGCAGGAGAGCUGGGAAUGAUUUGUAGCAGGUUUGUUUAGCUUAGCUUAGCCUAGCCGCUAGCGUCAUUAAUUCACAUGGACGCCAGAAUGGCAGCAACACAGACUUCGUUUUGCAGCUUGCGACCUUAGCCAGCGGACGAGGCCCUGCUGGAGUUUAUGACCGGUUUGUUAACGAGCAAUUUCAAAGCCGUUUGCAGUGUCCUUUACCAUGAGCCUUUCCCGUGGAGGCACCGCGCUGAGCCUAAAUCGAUCCAGACCGAGUGUAGAUGGAGCAGGGGCGUUUCGGGUUUAGCUAGCCGGCCUGGCAGCUACAUGAGAGCACAACAUUCAAGAGAAAAAAACAAACAAACAAGUAGUUUGGCCACCUUUUGUGACUGGCUUUGUAUUCUUUGAGGUAACGCCUGAGUGUGGAUUUGAAGAGGGGAUUUAUUUUAGCAGUCGGCUGCCUGCUUUAUGUCUGGGAGCAGAUAAAGUUCGCUUGCUAGCUAGCCGAGGUUGGGGUCAGUGUUUAGAGCCCGCUCCCAAAUGAAGGAGUAUAAAGUGGUGGUGUUGGGCAGCGGUGGCGUCGGCAAGUCCGCGCUGACUGUGCAGUUCGUCACCGGGACCUUCAUCGAAAAAUAUGACCCAACGAUCGAGGACUUCUACCGGAAAGAGAUCGAAGUGGACUCGUCGCCAUCGGUGCUGGAGAUCCUGGACACCGCCGGGACUGAGCAGUUCGCGUCCAUGCGAGAUCUCUACAUCAAAAACGGCCAAGGCUUCAUCUUAGUUUAUAGCCUCGUCAAUCAGCAGUCCUUUCAGGAUAUCAGACCAAUGCGAGACCAGAUAGUACGAGUGAAGCGCUUUGAGAAGGUUCCUCUGAUUUUGGUGGGCAAUAAGGUGGACCUGGAAUCGGAGAGGGAGGUUGCAGGAUCUGAUGGCCGGGCCCUUGCACAAGAGUGGGGUUGCCCAUUCAUUGAGACCUCAGCUAAGAGUAAGACCAUGGUGGACGAGCUCUUCGCUGAGAUUGUGAGGCAGAUGAACUAUGCCACUUUGCCCGAGAAGCAGGAGCAGUGCUGCACGGCCUGUGUGGUGCAGUGAGGUCUCUGGCCUUGCCACAGUCUCCCCAGCUACACCACCUGGCAGGAUGCCCUUUUGAACCAGUGUCUGCUUCAAUGAUGUUUUGACCCCAUGAGCCACACCAGUGCCACUGAGCCACCUGAACUCUGAGACUGAUGUCAUCUGACAAGGCUUGGUUUUGCUGCAACUAAAGCAGGGACUUCGAAAUCUCUGACUUUCAUCGGUGUCUGUAUUGUAGAGCACAUAUAAUAGUACAGUAUAUGUACAGUAUACUGGGCUUUUUGGGAAUCACAUGAUGAGCAUCAGUGGGAGGGCAGAGGACUUUGGAAAUGGGGGCAUCUGUGACAGGGCUAUUAAUAUCUAUUUUCUUAGAGGGGGAAAUGGGUUAUAUAUGAGCAGGUCUUCUCAAGGCUGUAAAAUCACUGAAGGUGCUCAGCUGUACAUCCCCAGGUUUUCUUUUUAACAUUUUAAGUUUGAUAUCUAAUUUUAAAGUGAUAAUAGCCAUUACAGGUUUGAGACCUGGACCAUCUAACUUUUUCUUUCUUCUUUUUUUUUUAAACUACAGUAUGUAUGCUUUUUUCUCAUAAUAGUCUAUUUAUUAAAAUCUUUAAUUACAAAGAUGGAUACAUAUUGCAUUUUUAUGUUCCUUUGGCUGUUUUGCUUUUUUGUGACAACAGUAUGCAUUGUUUCUGAAAUGGAGCAUUAAUGACGCCUUAAAUGAUUACAGUCUCAAACUUGCGUGGA